UAUAUAUUUCUUAUUUACAUUUUACCGUACGUAAUAAGGUUGCAAAAUAUUUUUGAAUACAAUGUUAUUAUGCGUAAAAUGAUAACUGAUAACUACAAAACGUAAAAACUAGAAACGCCUAUAUGUUUAAACAAAUAAUAUUUACUUACUGUGAACAAAGUUUUCGGCAAUGUCAUUUAUAACUAAAAGAGAACGCGUAUUUAAUGAAUAUGAUCUAUUCGACCUUCCGGCACGAAAUGAAGGUAAACUGAAGGCCUACUCAUCAUGCACGGACGCGAGAGCCUGGUCUCACUUUUGUUCAGACAAAACAGAACACUUAGUCGAGAUCAUUAAAAGGAAUAAUGAAACGCAUCGACCCAAAUAUAUACCGACCGACGUGAUUGUCAAUACUCUAAUGACAUCCAAGAAUGCAGAGAUCGCUCGAUUGAAACGCAAGAUAGGAGAAUUUGAACAAAUGUUGGCCGCUUACGAUGGCUUGGAUCUAACGUGUGAACAAAAAUGUGAUAUAGCUAAUGCUCAUGCAGCUAUUAAGGCAGCCAAUAAGGAACUGGAUGAAAUGUGCCUUGAUUUGGAUCUUUCUGGUUUCACAGAGGGAAUUGACUCAGAAGCAUUUGAGACUGGUAAAUCACGAGGUUAUGAGGUAAGCUUACAUAAAGUAAAGACAAAAAUAAAUUAUUUAAAAAAAAACUGGACUAUGGGGAAAGUAUCAACACCGAGAAUGGACACGAAAGGCAACCAAAUUGAAAUAUCUAAAUUGGAUGAAAGUACAUCUGCUCAUGACAACAGAAUUGAUGAAUUACAAGAAACUAUCAUCUGCAAAGAUGCCAAAUUAAAUGCCAUGCAAAAUACUAUUGCGGUUUUGGAAAAUGAUGUUUGUGAACCAUAUUGCAUUUACGCACAUAUUUAUACAGCACUAGAAAAAAUAUUCGGAACGUUAUGCCAAAAUGAUAAAUAUAAACAAUAUUUGGAUUUAUUGACUCAUGGGAAAGACAUCAGAGGCAUAAAUAUUCAGGGGAAAAUUAUAUUUAAAAUUAAAGUUUUAGAAAAAUUCAGCCUUGCUCUAAUUGCUCCUUGCGCACAGGAUUCUAGUUCAGUAAAAAAUGAUUGCUCAUGUUACCGAGCUGAAAUAGUAACACGUGUUGAAACUGCUUUUGCAUUAACGUCUGCUGAGAGCAAAAUACCUAGUUUAGAUACUAAACGAGCCCAUCUUGUUGCUGACAUCAUGCAGAAUGAAGAUAUGAAAGAGAUACUCAGCAAAGACAGUUUAUCUCAAAAAAUUGAAGACGAUCAAUUAGAUGAAUGUUUUGUGGUUGAAGACGACGGUAUUAAUGCAAAAAAUCUUAAGCGUUUGAAAAAUUUACAACUGAAUUAUGAUGACUUAUUGAAUUGUUAUGAUAAUCUGAAACACGAGAGAGAUAGCCUUGUUGUACGUUGUCAAAAAUUCUUUGAAUUAGAAAGUGAGUUUGAAUGCUUACAAAAUAAAGUUAGGGAAUAUAAUGAGCUAUGGAAAGACAGAGAAUAUUAUCGCAAGCGUUCGGAAGAUCUCGAUGCAUUAAAAGAACAUUAUUAUGUACUUUCUGAAGAGACAGCGAAUAUUGAAACAAAAUUAAAGGCUGAGAAGGAAAUUAACAAAAAUAAAUCUGCGACCAUUGAUGAACUAAGAAACGAAAAUAUCAAGCUUGAAAACAAAAUAAGUGAAAUUUGUUUGUCUUAUGAAAAACAAAGAAAUGUUUUAAUUUGUAAAUUGAAAGAAUGUGAGUGUAAAAUGAUGUGCCAGGAUCAACAAAUAAAAAGCCUCACGAAUCAAAUUGAUAGUAUUUUAAAUGGAGAUAGCAACAAUAUUCUUCAAAAUGAAGAUAAUACACAAUCUAUGGAACUAAUGGAUGAAAUAAAAUCACAAAAGGAACAAAUAAUAAAUCUAAAGGAUGCGUUGUGUUGUAGUGAAGAGGAGAAACAAUAUUUUCAAGAGGAGUUUGAAAAAAAACUGGAUGUCAUCAAUGAGUUGAAGCUAGAAAUAGAGGCUUGGAAAAGUAAAUAUGAAAAUACUAAUCAAUAUUUAGAUAACUAUUUAGAGAAAUACCAAAUACAAAUACAUGAGUUACAAGAUAGUAAUAAUAGUGCCGUGGAAAAUUUAAACGAUAUCAUAAAUAGUAAAUCUCAAGAAAUAAAUUUUUUAACUGACGAACUUGAUCGUAAAAAUUUUGAAAACGAGAAUCUCGUAAAACAAGUAAAAAGUAUCUACGACGAUUUUGAAAAUAAAGUGACAUUACUUGAAAGUGAAAAGAAAAUUGCAAUAAGCUCAAUCCAUUCCGCAAAAAAAGAAAGCUUAGAAAUCCUUCAAAAUGUCAAAAAUUACGAAAACACCAACAUUGAGGAAAGUAAUGAAAGUAUAGAAAUCAAAUAUCAAACAGACAACGAUAGUCCGAAAAGAUUAAUCGAUCAAAGUUUGAAUAGUGAUAACGUGUAUUUCUUAAAAGAAAUUCAGUUACUGCGUGAAAUAAACCUAGAAAGUGUUCAUUUUUUACAAAAUGAAAAUGAACAGCUUAAAAGAUCUUUCGAAGAAGUCAAUCACGAAACAGAAAAAUUAAAAAACGCCCUUCUGAAACAAGAAGAUUACGUACAAAAAUUUAAUAAAUUAAAAGAAAGUCACGAAAAUCUUUUAAAUGAAAAAGCAAGGCUACAAGAGGAUUUAAAUAACAAAACCUUUGAGCUCGAUAACGUGCUAUAUGCUUUUCAAUUAACAAAAAAAGAAAGUGAAUCUAUGUUAGACCAGUUAAAUAAGUCUGAAUAUUUCCAGGAAGAAUACGUAAAGUUAAAUGAAGCUUAUCAAAAAUUAAUAACCGAAAGAAAUAAAUUACAAAACAAAAUGUCACAAAUAGAAAACGAAUUAGAAGGUUCACUUAAUGCUUAUAAAAUUAUGAGAGAAGAAAACGAAGUGUUACAAUUAAAUUUGAAAGAUAAAAUAAAUAUAGAGGAAUCAUUUUCAAAUCUAAAAGAAAAUUAUAAAAAAUUAAAAGACACAAACAAUGAUUUACAAAGAGACUUUAACGACAAAACUGCCGAAAUUAUUGACUUAUAUAACACAUUGGAAAACAAAAAUAAGGAAAAUGAGCACUUAAAUGAAAAAAUUAAAAAUUUGGAGGUUCAAGAUCGACAAGCAUCUUCUAGUAUACAUUCUUUAAAAACUAAAAAUUCAAAUAUGAAAUUAAAAUUAAACACGCUAACAAAUGAGUAUGGAUACUUAGAAAAAAACUUUAAAGAACUGACCGAAUCUCACGAAAAACUGAAAAUAGAAAGAGAAAUUUUAGAAAAGGAAUUACAAAAGCAACUAGAAAUUUUGAAUAAAUUGCAACAAGAAAAUCUCAGUUUAAAUAAUGAAAGCAAAAGUCUUUUAAUCCAUAACGAAGGCUUAGAAAAGGCUUUGAUAAAAGCCCGUGUUGAGAAUUCAACUAAAUCUGAAUCUCUACACGUCUGCUAUCAGGAUAUAAAAAAAGAAAUAGAUAGUCUUCGAGACGAAAAAAUAUCUUAUCAUAAAAAGAUAACAGACUUACUUGAUAAAUUAGAGGAAUCGGAAUUUCUUACAAGUGAUCUUUCAGAACAGAUUAUUAAUAAAGACAAGAAAAUAUAUACUUUAGAAAACCAUAUCAACGAUUUAGAAGAUGAAAUAAGAAAACUCCAAUACAAUUUGGAUGAAGUAAUUGAAUCUGGAGAGCAAAUAAGGCAGCUUAGCUACGAAAGAAUUAAUCAAUCUUUUAAGACGAUAGAGGCCCAUCAUUCAAAGGCAACACAUAAUAUGAAAAUGGAACUGGCAAAACAACAAAAUGAAAAUAGAAGCCAACUAAAUUCUUCAAAACUAACUAUGGACGACUCAUUAGAAGAUGAAAAUAAGAACCUUAUACAAAUAAAAGAUCUCAGAGAAGAAAGACUAGAAAUUAUUUCCAAAAUAAAGGAAUUAGAGCUAAGAUAUCUUGGAGAUACUAACUUAUCCAAGAUUAACAGCACAGUCAAAGAUAUUAUUGUAUCAUUGGACCGAAUAAAUAAGUAUAUUAGUGAAAAAAAUUCUUCCUUAGAGAAAACUUUAUCAAAUGUACAAGCUUCAUAUCAAUUACUUAAAUCCAAAGCCCAUGAAGCUAAAAUCAUUGCAGAAAAGGAAAGACAAAAUAUAAUUAAUGAAAAAGAAGAAAUACACAGGGGAAGAAAAAAACUCGAAGAACAUUUAGAGAACCUCAAAAAUGAGAAAAUUGAGUAUGAAAAGGUUAUAAAUGAUUUAGAAGGUGAAAUUAUGAAUCAUAAGUUAAUUUUUGAUAGAGUUACACAAUUAAAUGAAAGUGAUAUUAUGAAAUUAAGAGAAGAAAAUAUAUCCCUUCAAGAUCAGUACGAUAAUUCUCUAAACGUUAUCAGGGGAUUACAAGAAAAACUUGAUACAGAAAUUAAAGACAAAAAUAACUGCCUAGAACACAUCGAAAAGGCAAAAUCUGCCAUAGAAGAAAAAAGUAACGAAAUUUCUAAGCUUAAAAAGUAUUUUGAAGAAAUAAAAAAUAAACCAACCACAAAUUUUACAACUCAGACAGAUGUACUUUCAAUUAGUAAAGAUGAUUACUCUCAAACUGAAACCCAAGCCAGCUUAAACGAAUAUAAAAAUGAAAGUAAUUAUAAUAUUUUAACAGCGUCUAUAGAGAAUGCAUCCGAUUUACUAAAAUUUAAUAAAGAAAAAGGAAAUUUAAAUCUUACUGAUUUUUUUAAAACUGAAGACGGAAAGCUUACUGUUGAUAGCGUAAAAUAUAUCUAUAUGAACUACAAAAUAAAAAACCUUAGUCUUGGCAGGCUUGAACAAUAUUCUAUAACGGAUUUACAUAAUUAUGAAAUUUUGAAUGAUAAUGAACGCAAGAUAUUAGAUAACGCUGGUUAUGUAAAAUCCCCUGUGUUCAAUAAUUUAAACUCAUCGGUUAACAAUAAUAGUGUUAUUGACAUUUGCAGUACACAAAUACUAACUAAUACAACUAAAAAUACUGGUGAUACUGAUAAUUUUACAAGCAAAGACCAAACUGAAAGUUUAAAAUCAUGUAGCAUUGAUAAAAAACACAAAAACUUUGAAAAUGAUUUUGAUAGCAAUAAUAGCUUUAAAGAAAAUAUUGUAUUUGAUGAUUCACCUACAUCAACAGAUAAAAAUAUGUUUUUAAUUUAUAAAGAAAGCCAAAGCAUCUUCGAUGAUCAAGGUAACAAUGACAACAAACCUUGGUCUCAAAACGGUUUGACAAAUAUGAUAGUGGAAAGAGCAAUUAUUCAUACAAAUGAAGACCAACUUCAAACCAGACAUAAAAUCAUAAAAGAUAUUAAGAAACAAUCGGCUGAUGGAGAAAAAGAAGACGAUAGUAUUAAACUGAAACUAAAAAUUAAAUUACCUAGAGUUUUUAAAGAUCUCUCAACUACCAAUGUAUCAGAUGCAGAUACAAAGUCUUUAGAUUCUUAUAAUAGAGCAACAAAUGCUUCUUCUAGAUGGGUAAUAUAUUCAGAUACCAAAAUUAAUAGUAAUAGCUCGAAAAACGCAGAUGAAUCUAAUAUUACUUCUACAAUUUUGAAUGUAAGUGAUGAUCAAGUUAUUAAUCAGCAUAAGAAAAUUUCUAAAAAUAAUGUCCAUUUGAAAAAAGAUUUGCAGAAAUCGCAAACUAAAAGCUUUAAAAAAAAACUAACAAACAGACCUAAUGAUGUCGACACUACAGAGACUCAAAAAGAAGAAAUACAAUCAACUGUCCAAUCAAUUUAUAAUAGUAAUUCAAAUCCUAAUUUAUCUCGUAUUAACGCUAAUACUUCUGUUAUAAAAGAAAUUUUUCGUAAUGACACAAAAGAACCGAAACUUUAUGAAAAUAAUUAUGGACUCAACUACGUUCUGGAGUUUGUAAGAAAUGAUAUCGACUUUAAUAAUAAUCUUAAUUUUGAUAAUGUUAAACCAUUGCGGAAAAGUUAUAGCGAAAAAAAUGUGUUUGUUAAAAGUGGAUCAUCUCAAUCUGAAAAAUCUAGUUUAUUAAAAACCACGUCUGAUGAAUCUGUAUCGGCAAAAUCAAAAAUCAAGCCCACAUACAAAGUCACCGAUCGUGGCAUAUUAGUAAAAUUAGAUGUAGCUGAAGUAGAUUAUCAAAAUAAAAUAGAGCAACUUACUGAUACCCUAAAAGCUUUAGAAAAAUAUUACAAUAAGAAAUUAGAUGCUGUUAAAACUCAAUACGAAAAUAACAUCAAGCAUAUUAUAAGUGAACACAAUCAAGGAGUUGAAAAUAUUCAAUAUCUUCACGAAGAAGCAGUACAUGAAAUAAUAAAUAAACAUGGAAAUGAAAUAGAAAACCUUAGAUCUAUGAGUAUAGAAGCUAUGCGUAAAGCAGAAAAACUUGGUAAUGAAAACCGUUGUUUGAAAUCAAAACUUAAUAAUAAUUUGAUUUUGGAUGAGAUUCCAGUCAAAAUUCUAACGCCAGAAUUGAAAAAGAAAAAAGGCAGAUCUCGAACAGAAAAUAAAACGUUAACAAAAACAAUCGUAGACGCUUUUAAUGUAAAACCAAAAAAGAGAUCACACGGACCCUGUACUUGUUCGCUUGACAUAAAUAUUUCUGACACGAUACGUAACAUAUUCGAACAAGUUGAUGUUGAUCAACGGAAAAUGGCUGAGAUGGCAUAUUUAAAAUAUAUUGCUAACAAAAUAUUAAACGAUACUGUUGAAGUUUUGGACGCUCAGGAGCUAUCUUUUUUGCAUUUGAAAGUAUGUCGGACAUGGAAAGAAAGACUAAGUAAGGAGGAAACUCUUCAGAAAAGAAUUUACUCUUUAAAGAGCGAAUUAAGGAAUAAACAGCGACAAACACAGAAAAAUAUGGCUGACCUAGAUCGUAAAGUAGCAGAAGAAUGGCGUCGCCUACAGGAAGUAAGGGAAGCGGUUUGCAGAAAUACUCCAAACCCAACUCGUGAUAAUAGUCCAGAAACAACAAAUAAAACGCCAGCUAUUGCCGAGAAAGAUGUUUGUAACUGCAACGCCGUAAGCAAGAAUGCUGUUGACGAAGGGCGUUCCGCUGGAGAUCUAGAACUCAAACAAACAUGCACUAGACCUAAGCGUGGCAAAUUGGAGACACAUAGAGCAGUCCUCGCUAAGCUUGAUAUUGAGCAACGUCGAGAGAAGAAACUUUAUAAUGACGAGACACCGACACGUCUUAAACGUUCGCAAGAUCGUCAAAAUACUCGGACGGCCAAAAAAUAGUUGACCAAUUUGAAAAUGGAUUCAAAUAAAAUACCCAAAAAUAAUUCAAUUAUAUACAAGAAUGCUUCAAUAUUAUCAUGAAAUUAUUAAAACCAGUGCUAAAGUCGAUGUCGGUGUUGUUUUUGUAUUUAUUUUUACAAAUGUUUUAUAAUAAUUUAUAUAUUGUAUAUUAAUUAAAUUUUAUGUGAUGAAAAAAAUAAAAAACGAA